AUGCCGCACAAGAUUGGCUUCGUUGUUGUCAGCUCCUCUGGGCACGAAGAUGGCUUCAGUGCCCGGGAACUAAUGAUCCACGCACCUACCGUCAGUGGGUGGAGGUCACCGAGAUUUUGCCAGUUUCCGCAAGAGAUCGUUCUCCAGAUGGUGGAGAGGUGUCGAAUAAGAAAGCUGCAGCUGCUCGCCCACCAGUACAUGAUCCCCAGCAAAGUGGAGUUCUACGUCAGCGAGAGCCUGCCCGAGUACUUCGUGCCCUACCAGGCGGAGCGCUUUCGAAGGCUCGGCUAUGUCUCUCUCUGUGACAACGAGAAGACGGGCUGCAGAGCCCGGGAGCUGAAGUCCGUCUACGUGGACGCGGUGGGACAGUUUCUCAAGCUGACCUUUCACGAAAACCACCUCAACAAGUACAACAUAUAUAAUCAGGUUGCUCUGGUUGCAGUAAAUAUCAUUGGAGACCCUGCAGAUUUUGGUGAUGAAAGCAAUAUUACCUCUAGAGAGAAGCUGAUUGAUCAUUAUCUGGGGCACAACACCGAGGACCCAGCUCUGGAAGGAACUUGUACUGGGAAAUCUGACUACAUUUCUCCACUAGAUGACUUAGCUUUCGAUAUGUACCAAGAUCCAGAAGUUGCCCAGAUUAUACGUAAAUUAGACGAAAGAAAACGCGAAGCCGUCCAAAAGGAACGUUACGACUAUGCCAAGAAGCUGAAACAAGCUAUUGCGGAUUUGCAAAAGGUGGGCGAGCGCCUCGGGCGGUACGAGGUGGAGAAGCGCUGCGCAGUGGAGAAGGAGGACUACGACCGCGCCAAGGAGAAGCAGCAGCAGAUGGAACGGUUCCGCAGCCAAGUGUACGAGCAGCUGCGGCUGCACAGCCUUGUGGACGCCGAGCUGGUGCGAAGGCCUCCUGACCUGCCCCUGCAGCCCCUGGCGCACUCUGGCAGUCCUCGCCACCAGCAGCCAGCGCUCUCUCGACCGCGAGAGGACAGAGCCCCAGAAAGCCUGCGUGCAGAGCCCUUCCUUCAGGAAAAGCCUCCGGCACGUCCCCUGGGCCCUCCUCAGCCCGCCACAGCGGACCAGGCCCCGCCCGCCGUGGACCCUCACUUCAGGACUCACCUCCAGGCCGUGCCCUACGAUGAGCGGCCCCUUCCUGCUACCCAGAAGCAGCCUGUGGCGGCCCUGGAACCAGAGAAGAGUGACUGGGAUAGCAGCGAGGCUCCCAGAGGAGCUGCCACUGGGGAGCCGGAGCCCUUAACAGAGAAGGCAUUGAGAGAGGCCAGCGCUGCCGUGGACGUGCUCGGAGAAGCCCUGGUCGCUGGGGCCUAUUCCAAGACGUGGUCGUACCGGGAAGAUGCGCUGCUCGCACUGUGCAAACAGCUGAUGCAGAUGCCCACUGGAGCCCCCAAGGAGGAGCUGAAGAACGUUCUGCGAGCGUCCAUCUUCCUCGUGAGGAGAGCCGUCAGAGACCUCGUGACCCCAGUCUUUCAGGCUUCUUUGAAAUUGCUGAAAAUGAUAAUUACGCAAUAUAUUCCCAAACACAAACUGAGUAAGCUCGAAACGGCCCACUGUGUGGAGAGAACCGUUCCCGUUCUGCUCACCAGGACCGGAGACUCCUCUGCUCGCCUCCGCGUCAUAGCUUCCAAUUUUAUCCAGGAAAUGGCCUUGUUUAAGGAAGUUAGGUCUCUCCAGAUUAUCCCACCUUACUUGGUACAGCCGUUAAAAGCCAACUCUUCGGCUCAUUUGGCAAUGAGUCAGAUGGACCUCCUGGCCCGGCUCCUGAGAGACCUGGGCACCGGGAACACGGGUUUCACCGUCGAUAACGUGAUGAAGUUUUCAGUGAGUGCCCUGGAGCACAGAGUGUAUGAGGUUCGAGAGACAGCGGUUAGAAUUAUUUUGGACAUGUAUAAACAGCACCGGGCUUUUAUUCUAGAGUACCUCCCUCCAGACGACAACACCACGCGCAAGAACGUUCUCUAUAAAACAAUUUUUGACGGAUUUGCUAAAAUAGACGGCAGACCUACAGAUGCUGACACGAAGGCACAGAAGAAAGCGGCUACAGAAGAAGCGGAAAAACGAAAGAAAGAAGAAAUUAAAGCUUUACAAGGGCAGUUGGCAGUGCUCUCCGAAAUUCAGGCCGGAGUCCAGCCUGGCAAGGUCAGCGCAUCCUUCCCCGGUCGCCGCUGUCGGCCCCCCAGACAGACGCACGGCAGGCUCGCUUUAUGUAUCUUCUGUGGGGAGAGGAGUGAGUCCUUCACGGAGGAGGGCCUGGACCUGCACUACUGGAAGCAGUGUCUCAUGCUGACAAGAUGCACCUGCUGCAGGCAGGUGGUCGAGAUCUCCAGCCUGACGGAGCACCUGCUGACCGAAUGCGACAAGAAAGACGGGUUUGGAAAGUGUUACCGCUGCAAUGAGGCUGUUCUGAAGGAAGAGCUGCCCAGACACAUAAAAGCAAAGGAUUGUAAUCCCGCCAAACCGGAGAAGCUGGCAAACCGCUGUCCUCUGUGCCACGAGAACUUCUCACCGGGGGAGGAGGCGUGGAAGGCUCACCUCAUGGGCCCUGCCGGCUGCACGAUGAACCUGCGCAAGACGCACGUGCUGCACAAGGCUCUGCCGCCAGGUAAAGGCCCAGCCACGACCAAAUCAGGGACCUCCGUAUCCAAGGUCGGAAGCAAGAUCCCUACCCCAAAGGGACUGAGCAAAAGCUCUGGCAGAACAUACACAAAGCGGUGA